UAUUCCAUCAGAGGCAACAUUCUCUGGACAAGAGUAUCUCAGCUAUGACUUGUCAAAUCGAGGUGAUCCCAUAGUCAGCAAAAAUGAUGAAGUGUCAUUUUUUUUCAAGACCAGACAGACCAAUGGGAUCCUAUUUUACACAGGGGAUGGGAGUGAUUUUCUGCUGGUGGCCUUGGUAGAUGGUGUGAUAAUGGUCAGUGUCAACCUGGGUGCGGGAGAGUUUCAGCACCCAGUCCUCACCGAAAAGUACAAUGACAACCAGUGGCACCACGUAGUGGUAGAGAGAAGAUCUAGGGAGAUUGCAAUCUUGGUAGAUGGUCUCCUCCAGCAGACGGGCGCUACCACAGGGGUGUUUUCCAUGUUGUCCAGUAAUGUCCUGUAUGUCGGCGGCAGUGCCAAUACCUUCAAACUCACUCAGGGCAAGGUCAAUAGCAACUUCAGAGGAUGUCUGAAAAAGGUUACGUACAAAGCUGACAGCAUCAGCUUAGAUAUCACAGAACUGGCACGGACAAAACACGAUCUUAUCAACAUCAAGGGGGAUGUUCUCUUCGACAAGUGUGAAAACCUGGUCCACUCCACCCCAGUGACAUUUGCCACCCCAGAAUCCAUGGUGAAAGUCCCGUAUGCUCUUGCACAAAAGUCUGGUGUCAUCACUUUCCAGUUUCAAACUAAUGAAAGAAACGGGCUGCUGAUGUACAGUGGGAGUGUGCAAGGAAGCUCCGAUUUCUUUGGAUUAGAGCUGCUGGAAGGGUAUCUGUAUCUUGUCCUUGACCUUGGUUCUGGAGCAAUAAAGAUUCAGGCUUCCACCCUGAUGGUUACCGAUGGUUUGCCACACAAAGUCAUGGUAACAUACAAUGGAAAACAAGGCAAAGUGAGUGUCGAUGGCGUAGAGGUAGAGUAUACAACUAAAGGAAACAGUGAACAGCUCGAUCUGGAUGGCACCCUGUAUAUCGGAGCUGCUGCUGAAGGGAGUCAGCUACCAAGAGAAAUGUGGGUUGGCAGCCUAGGGUAUGGCUACGUAGGGUGCAUGCAAGAUGUGUUUAUAGAUGGAAAAGUGAAAGAUCUGUCAAAAUUUGCCGAAGAGCAAGAAAUCCAUGGCAUGACCCAGGAGUGUCACCCAACGCGCCACCAGUGCACUGCUCGUCCUUGUCUUCAUGAUGGAAUAUGCACAGAGGGCUGGAACAGGUUCCUGUGUGACUGCUCUGCUACAGGAUAUUUUGGACCAUCUUGCAAUGAAGCGGCCACCACACUGAGUUUUAAUGGGGAACAGUAUGUUAAAAUCUCAUUACCACAGGAGUCUCGGGCAGAAGCAGAGGACAUAUCUCUCCGCUUUAAGACAAGACGCCAGGGUGGCCUGCUGUUUGCCACAUUGUCACAAAAGACUUCUGACAAAAUGGUGCUGACAUUAGAAGGUGGGCGUGCACGGCUGGAUGUUAACCUUGGAAGCGGAAGCACAACCUUGUAUGUUGGCAGUGGUCUGAGUGACGACCAGUGGCACACAGUGCACAUUAGAAGGAGACUUACGAACAUACAGUUAAGGGUGGAUAGGGACAUCGUUGAGAAUGGCAAACUUGUUGGUGCUGCUACUCUUCUCCGUGUCAACAACCUUUAUCUUGGUUCCUACACCUCUGGUACAGAAGAUGGUUCCAAAAUUCUUGACAUUGAUGCCAUAGCAGCGGGUGGAAUGCAGAGUGAUGAGGAGAGCCGCCACAGCAACUUUGCGGGACAAAUGCAGCAGUUUAUUUUCAACAAGAAGCCCUACUUUGAGCUGGCACAAACAGAGGCCAUGAGCAGCUUCAUCGAAGUCACUGCAGAUUUUGCAGACACAGGUCCUGAUGCCACUUGCAGUCCUAAUUCUUGUGACAACAGAGGGCGCUGUGUACAGAACUGGGAUACCUAUGUAUGCAACUGUGAUAUGACAUCCUUCUCUGGAGCAAGAUGUAAUGAGGAGAGCAUUGCCUAUAGAUUUGGUGACUCAAGACCUGGGUUGAUCAUGUUUACGUACCCAGAGUCCGAGCGUCCAGACACCCAGACUGACCAUUUGGCUGUUGGAUUUUCAACCACAACCAAUCAAGAAAGGACAACACUACUCCAAGUCAUCAGUGGCAACUCCAAUGACUUUGUAGAACUUGAAUUGGUGAAUGGCAUUAUCUUUGCCUUAUACAACAUGGGCACCAUUCCCCAUCCUAUAGGGGAUACUUUCACCAAGGUCAAUGAUGGAAAAUAUCAUAUUGUGAGGUUCACCAGAGCAGGAGCCAAUUCCACAAUUCAGGUGGAUGAUGAACCAAUACAAACCAAGCACCCACCAGGUGCUCAGCUAGGUGUAUUCAACAAUCAAGCCCAGAUUUAUGUGGGUGGAAAAAUGGGAAGAGAUGGCUCCAUUGAAGCCCCAUUUAAGGGCACAAUGGCAGGUCUUGUUUUUAAUGGGAAGCGAGUUUUAGAUCUUGCAGAAAGCAAUGAUGCCAAGAUCACCAUUUUAGGAGAUGUGGAGAAGACCAAUAUAACAUCUCUGUUACCUGUAAAAAUAACCCAAGCCACAAGCCAACCAGCCAUCAGCACUCCUCCUUAUUCCAAAAGCAAAAAUGUGCAGUCUACAUCCCCAAUGAAGGCGACAAGUACAGGAUCAAUAGAAACAACAACAGCAGUGCCAGACACUACCACUGUUAAAAAGCCAUUGACCACAAAGCAGGUCAUCACAACUAAAAGAAUGACCACCAUUACUAGUAUUGAGCAGACCACACCCUAUGGCAGCCAUACCACAGAUGACAUAGUGUUUACUGGGUCUGGUUGCUCCAGUGAUGAUGAAGACUGUACCAAUGGGUCAGGAUCAACUGAUGAUAUAGUUAUUCCCACAGUGGAAGUUUCCACCCCACCAAUAUUGGAAGUUGUGACCAGCAGAAAACCACAUAGCACAACAACUCCACUCCCCGUCACCACAUCAGACUGCAAGGAGGAUGAAGAGGACUGUGGUAGUGGCAGUGGAGAGGGCACCACACCAGACAUAUUCCUACCUGUUCCAGAAGUCACUCCAGAAACCACAUCUCCCACCGAAAAGACACACCAGCCAGAGACAAGCUCAGCAGGCAUCCAAAGCACAAAAUCCACAACAGCAAACCCUGUUGUAGACACAAGCCUAGAUGGUUUGACAAAAACUGUAAUAUAUGAGACAUCACGCACAGUGCCUGUUAGCACUAAGACUCCCCCAGAAGGGGAAAAUACAGGACAGACAUUAGGGGGUGGGGGUAUCCACCUUGGGGGGAUGAACAUUGCCGUGAUCAUUGGCAUUAUAGUCGGUGUGCUGGUUGCACUGCUGAUCCUUAUCUUCAUUAUUUACAAAGUUAAAAAGAGGUCCAAUGGGUCGUACAAAAUAGAUGAGAGCAAAAAUUAUGCAGACGUCAAACAGCCCUUGCAAGCAAACGGGGACAAGACGCACCAUGUUAAUGGAUCUUCGCCUGCUAAAACAAAGAAAGGAGAUGUGAAAGAAUGGUACGUGUAACAUGACAGCUUGAAUAGCAAUGGAGAGAGUCAAAAAUAUAUAAGGAUUAUCAAUUUAAAGGACUUUUAACAUCAACAGUUUUAAGACUUUAAAUGCAUGAAUUAAGCUUAUGAUAGACAGGAGUCAGUAGUACAGGGAUUACCAAUAGGAAGAAGGGAAAGAACAAUGUCCGAUUGAGGAAGCAUUAUUUGCUCAAUGAUUGGGGAAAUGUCAAAACAUCUCCAGUGCAUGGCCACAAGUGAUUUUAAAUACCAAAUACAGACACAACAAGACUUCCAUUUUAUCAAACUGGAACAAAGAGGCAUACAUGUACAUUGAUGGGGUUUGAGAAAUUCAUUGAGCAGGAAUCAUAAGAAAGAAUGCAGUGACAUUAAUACAAGUCAGUUUCCACAGAAUCAAAACAUUUCUGUUUGCAACAGGGGAUAUUGUUAGGAAGCAUUUUUUUAAUAUUAGAUUCCCAAAAUGAAUUUUACUAAAAAAAAUACCUAUUUGAAAAAUGGAUCAAAUAUUUGAAGGCCUUUUAACUAGUGCUUGGUCUCCUCAGUAUGCUUGACAUAGAGAAUAUUGUGAUAGCAAGGAGGGAGGCAAAUAGAGGAAAGUAAUUCUGUUAUUUAUGCUAUGCAAAUUUAAAUUAACCUCAAACUCAACCUUUGUUCAUGCUAAGAACUGGUUUUUAUGUGAUUGUUUAUAUGAUAAAUGUUAACUCAAAAAGGUGGAUGGGUGAGGUAGAAGUAAGUAGUGCAUUUUUCAGGACCAAAUGUUUGUUCACCAAGAAGGGCAAAUAAAAAAAUAUUAACGGGCAAAUAAUUCUGACACUGUGGUCAGUGUAAUCGAGUAUCUUCACCCUUCAUGUCCAGUGCUUCCACCACAUGUGUGUAGUUUAACCUUAAUGACCCUCUGGCCAGGGAGUCAUAAUGAAGUCCAUCCAAUACCUGUCUUUGGUGCCACGUUAUUACCAGAAUUAUAUGCUGUAGUGUGUUGCUUGUCCCAUCUUGUACUCAAUGGUACCUCUUGUGUAUAAAAACCAUCUAGUUCAUAUCAUACUAUAUGCAGUGUGCAUACUAUGCUUCCAUGUAAAUUCAGGACAACACACUUAUCAUUAAUUCGUUGUAUAUAUAUACAUGUAGUGUUCCAGGUUGAUAUCAUACAUAUUCAUAUAAACAUACAUAGUCAACCAUUUGUCCCUUUUUGUAUGUAAUCAUUACAUGACUGUUUGAUAAAUAUAAGCACAAAAUGGAAUAUGCUGGUACUGAGAAAUCAUAUCACCCCCAACAUUUUGUGAUUUCAAGUCCCCCUUACAAAUAUAAAAUAAGUGUUUUUCUUGAGAACUGUCACCAGAGCUGAAUAUUACCAAGAGGAAUUUUCAUGUUUGCUCCUGAACAUUUGUCUAAAUGAAUAAAGAAAAUAUGUAGAGUUAAAGUGUAUUUUCAUUUAGACUAUGGGAAUAUUUUACCAUUUGGGUUGUAUUCCAGAUAAUGAAUAGUUUGUAAUUUCCAACGUAUUUCAACUUACACGAAGAUGGGUUGGGUGGUUAUUUUUUGCUCUAGUGUGGUAAAAUAUAUUUGAUGUGCCAUUGAAAAUGCCGUGUAUGGUUUUUUUUAACAGCAUAAUGAUUAUGGAACUUGUAAUUUUGUGCUUUGUUAAGAUGCCGCACAGUACUUAAAGAACAUUCUACUCAUUCUAGCCUUUUUGUCUCUUAUAUGUAGAUUCUUAUUAACAAAGGCUCUGUACAUAAAGUAGUUUUUACAGUAAGCUCCAAAAUGGGGCAUUGACAUUAUUUAAAUAUGUGUGAGGUUGAUUGUCAGCAGUUUGAGCUAAUUCCAUGGUUAAGAGAACAUAUAUUGUCAAGUGAAACAAAAUUCAAAUUAUAGCAUUAUUAUUUUAAUCAUUGAUUAGGUUAAUAGAAUUGUAAAUGUUUUAAAUUCAGUGGUUGGCCAAGUCAAUUUUUUACAUUUUAGGAAAGGUCCCUCGCCUUUAUUGGCAAUAUAAUUGAAAGAUGGUAUUAGUGAUCUUAUUUGACAAUGCAGUUUCGUUUUGAUGUAUUUUAGGACCAGUGCAUUAGAUGGACCAAUCUUGUUUUACGUUUUUGUCGUAUAUUAAUGGCAAAUGUUUUGAAACCAAAACUGGGUCAAAAAUAUCAUGUAAACAAAAUAAAUGUGUAUUUAUAAGUA